AUGACGGAUUUUACAAAUACAACAUCUCAAACUCUUGAACAAUUACGUACAGCUGAAGGUAAAUUAACAACAAUGCUAUGGAAUGCUGGUAAUAUUGUUCAACAAUUAAGUUGUGAACAAAUUCCACGUGAACAAAUUGAAUCAUUAGCUCGAAGUUUUUCUGAAAAUGCACAAACAGUACAACAAUCAUUACAUGCAAGUGUAGCUAAUUUAGAACGUAUAUCAUCUGGUUUACCACAUGAAGAUUCAUGUUAUGGAGCUUGGUUAGAUUUUAAUUUAGCUUCAAUGAGAACAGAAACAACACGAAAUAAAUUAUAUGAAUUAAAAAAUAAUUUAGAAUUACAACGAAGUCGUGAACGUGUUAAAGAACUUGAAGGACAAUUAGCACAACUUUAA